CAUGUCCUGCCGGUUGUUAAACAUUUCCGCUUCCAAAAAGAACACUUGCAUUCUUCCAUCUUCAUCUACUUAGUAUCAUCCCAAUCGUGAUUGUCAAGAUGGCCAGCCGCAUCCACCGCGUAACCAUGUUCAAGCUGCCCAAGCCUGCUGACCAGGUGGCGCUGCUUGAGCAGUACAAGAUUCUCAGCAAGAACAACGAGAAGGACGGCAAGCCGUAUAUCCUCUCCCUCGUUGCGGGUGUUGCGGAAGAAGACGCCAGAUCCCAGGGCUACACCGUCGUGGCCAAGAGCGAAUUCGCCAGCAUGGACGAUCUCAAGUACUAUGACAACGAAUGCAAGGCUCACCAGGCCCUCAAGGCUACUGCAAAGACCCUCGGCAUGGAGGGCGUUAUGACUGUCUUCUUCAAGCCCCAAAUUGUCGAGAGCAAGGAGUAAAACGACACAAGAGAGUAUUUACGCCAGUUCAUAGCAUGCAGAGCAUCGUUAAAUAAUACUACUACGUCAAGUCUACCGUC